UAACGGUCAACACGUGACACGCGCUAGACACGAGUGACCGACUAUGUCUGAACCAAAACGUCAAGAUCCAGGCAGGGUCUAAAAACACGGAAAUGGAAAGAUAGUCAAGAGGGAAGGGGAAUCGUAUUCCGUGGGUAGGGACGUGAAGAAAAAGAAGGAAAUCAUACAGUUGAGAGUGGCGAGCAUAAUAUGACAUGAGAUUGCGCUUCUUCCUCGCUUCCUUUAUAAUAAUCGUUUUUGUGUACCUAUCGUCGUUAACGCUCCAAUCACAUUCCUGCGCUCACCGACAAGAGGCGGCAGGCUUUUGCCACCAGGAAACGGAGAGAGAACAUCGACUGAAUCGGAUGGCUUCUUCGACUCUAGGAGGGGUUCAGGAUUCUGGAUCCGCAGCGAACAGCGUCGAAAUCGAGAGCCUCGGGCGGUUCGCCGUCGAGGAGCAUAAUAAAAAAGAGAAUGCGAUGAUCGAGUUUGUGAGAGUGGUUAAGGCUAAGAAGCAGGUUGUGUCUGGGGAAUUACACCAUCUUACCCUUGAGGUGAUUGAUUCGGGAAAAAAGGAACUUUACGAGGCCAAUGUGUGGCUAAAGCAGUGGAUGAAUUUUAAGGAACUUCAAGCAUUUGAUCAUGUUAAAGAGAUUCCCAUCUUCACUGCUUCUGAUCUGGGUGCCAAGAGAGAGGGUCCAGGAACAGGACUGAAAUCAAUCCCAGAAGAUGAUCCGUUUGUCCUGGAAGCUGCAGAACAUGCUGUUAAAACUAUCCAGCAAAAAUCCAAUACUUUAGAUACUUAUGAGCUUCAAGAGAUAGUUCUUCCAAAAGCUGAGGUUAUGGAUGAUGCUUCCGCAAAGGUUCAAAUGCUUAUCAAGACAAAGAGGGGAAGUAAAGAGGAGCAGUUUGAUGUUGAAGUGCACAAGAAAAAUGAUGGCAAAUUGAGCUUGACAUCACAUAAAAGGCUCGAAGACUAACUGAGUUCUGAUUUUGUCGAAGGUGUUGUUGUUUCUUUUGCAUUUCAGGGAGUUGAUGAACGUUCUCUAUUGUGAUGUGUUCCGUGGAGUUGAGAAACGUUCUCUUUUGUGCUGUGUAUAAAUAAUAUGAUACCAAUAUGACACCCUAUGUGUUACGUCUGUAUUAUGUGUUGUUUGUAUAGAAAACACUACUUGGCCAGUUGGCCCCCAGUUGAUGUUAUCAGUUGGCUUAUCUACUCCUAUAAACUUCGUUAUAUAUAUUUACUCUUUUGUUAGUCUUAUAUACUCGCAUACCAAAUUUCACUUCUUGAAGGAAGAAUUGAC